AUGGCCGACUCCGACGGCGAGUAUGUCGCCGAUAUGUCGGACGACGAUCUCAUGGACCACCGCGUCGCCGAAGAUGACCCCCAAGCUGCCAAGGGGAAAUCUUCAAAACAGAGAAAAGGCGACUCAGCUAGAGCCUGGGAAGUCUCGAAACGAACUUGGGAGACGAACCUACCAGAGGAGGAUCAGGACGGAAUACUGAGUCUCACAGCCCUCGAGGCGGAGAAGCGAAAGCGGCUACUGCGCGAUACCACGCCACUGCAGAGAGGAAUUAUUCGACAUAUGGUGCUCGUGUUGGACAUGUCAUUCGCCAUGACGGAGAAGGAUCUGCUGCCUACAAGGUAUCGCCUCAUGCUGAGCUACGCAGCUGCCUUUGUUCGAGAGUUCUUUGAGCAAAAUCCAAUUUCGCAGCUGGGAAUUAUUGGGAUGCGCGAUGGUGUCGCUGUUAGAAUUAGUGACGUUGGAGGAAACCCGGCGGAACAUUUGGAAAGGUUGAAGGGACUAGAGAAUCAAGAUCCCCAGGGCAAUCCAAGUCUGCAGAAUGCUCUGGAGAUGUGUCGAGGAGCCUUAUUCCAUGCGCCUUCCCACGGUACGCGAGAAGUACUCAUUAUCUACGGCGCCUUAUUAUCAAGCGAUCCAGGCGAUAUUCACGAGACGAUUGGCAGCCUCAUCAGCGACCGGAUACGCGUAUCUAUCGUCGGCCUGUCCGCCCAUCUUGCUAUCUGCGCUGACUUAUGCUCGCGAACCAACGCCGGCGAUGAGUCACAGUAUAACAUCGCGAUGGAUGAGGUGCACUUCCGCGAGCUUUUCCUUGCUGCCACCACACCCCCAGUAACGCGCACACUUGAGCAAAGCACGGCCAGCUUGCUCAUGAUGGGAUUCCCGUCGCGGACACUCGUCCCCAACGGCACUACGAGUUACUGCGCAUGCCAUAAUCGGCCUUGCCGCGAGGGUUAUCUCUGUACCCGCUGUGGUGUUCGCGUCUGCCGCAUCCCGGCCGAAUGCCCAUCGUGUGAUCUCACUCUGAUUCUGUCAACCCAUCUUGCUCGCUCAUACCACCAUCUUUUCCCGCUACGGAACUGGGUCGAAGUGCCGUGGUCCAAAGCCACCCGCUCUGCAGCCUGCUUCGCAUGCCUUGCGCCCUUUCCCGAGCCACCAAAGAACAAAGGCUCCGAUAGAUCGAAGGAAGACAGUGGCGCACCCAAGACAGCCAAGGGUGUCAGCGAGAGUGGGCGAUAUGCUUGUGAGGUGUGUAGACAGCACUUCUGCAUCGAUUGUGACGUGUUUGCCCAUGAGGUCGUUCAUAACUGCCCUGGCUGCCAGAGUUUAGUGUCGAAGGCGGAUGGUGCCGCUUCUUCGGGCGAACCGGACGGUACAGCUGCACAUACUAACGGCGAUGUGGCUAUGACAUGA